AUGGCCGCAAGUGCGGGAAAACAAUACGGAAACAAAAGAAGAAGCACUGGAACAUAUUUCUGGCGGACAACAAUAAUAUUUGGAAAGCGCGAGGUACCUGAAUUGUCGGGAGAUGAUGCAGCGUUCGGGAAGGUUCCGCAGCUUCUGAGGGUGGACGGAACUAUUACCACCGAUCAUAAGGAGCAAGCAGAAGAACCUCUGACCAAUUCUUCGCGCCCCUGCCGGACAACAUUGACGAUGAAGGAAUUAGGCCACAAAGAGCGCAGAGGUGGAACGGCAGCUGUUGGACGCAAAGUCUUGGAAAGCCCCGGGCGAAGACGGUCUACCGGCGAUAGUGUGGAAGAUGACAUGGCCCGUGGUCAAGCACAGGGUCUUGGAGAUAUUCCAAGCGUCGCUGGAAGAAGGCACAUUGCCGAAGCAGUGGAGACAUGCGAAGAUUAUACCGCUCAAAAAGCCGAAUAG